GCAGGAAGUCGAGGAGCCGACGUUUGCCCAGUUCUAGCUUCAGUCGAGUCGCAGUUGUCGUCGCGAGCGGAUCGAAAACAGCAAGAGACGGACCUCGCCAGAGAAAAGUGAACCCUAGAAAGUGUACAGAGAAUAAGUGAAGUGAAACGCACCCCAAGACCCUACACCCUAGACCCUAGACCCUAGACCCUAGAGCUGAGAUCCAGUACAGUGCACAGAACACAGAUCAUGUCGCAGCACAACUACACGAACCCCGCGUUCUGCCAGAACAGCGAGUUCUAUCCGGUGCCCAGCAGCGGCAAGGGCAGCGGCAGCAGUCGGGUGGAGUCCAUCUACAACCGCAGUCUGCAGCUGAACUUCGGCGCCGUCCCUCGGCCAGCCCAUGUCGCGCCCUCGCCGAGUCGCGAUCCCCGCGAGGGUCCCCUGCGGAUGCAGCGUAGCAUGUCCACGCGAUCGGUGACGCGGAAACAGCAGCAGCAGCAGCAGCAGACACAUAACUACCAGCAGCAGAAGCCGAAACAGCUGCAACAGAACCACCAGCAGCAACAGCAGCAGCAGCAACAAUCUUCAAGUGGUCGCUAUGCCCUGGUGCCUCUGGAGGAGCUCAACGUAAGCAGAGCCAGCCGGUACGCCAUAGUGCCCGGACAGGCGGCCCAGCGACUGGCCAGAUCCCAGGACAACCUCGAUCGCUAUGGAUCGCGAUACGGACUGCAGUCGGAAGAGGAGCCGCACUCCUUCCACGAGGAGCCGCACCAGGAGACGCAGUUUGCGAGCCUGCCGCCCAUGCUGAAUGGCCUGCCUCCGAAGCCCAACGCCAUCCAAGGACAACAGGGACUGCAGGGACAGCAGGGACAGACGAAGAUCAAGCACGCCUUCAGCAGCGACUUCGGCAGCAAGACGUUCCUCAUCGUGGACAAGAACAGCAACCAGCGGUACCAGAUGGUGCCCACGGCCGAGGACGAGGAGCUGGUGGACGAGAACCAGGAAAUCAUCCAGAUGCACAACGGUCGAGCCCAUCGGUACGCGAUGAUACCGACGGACGCCGACGAGGAGGAGCUGGCCGAGGAGGAGUCCUCGAUGAUGCUGCAGCAGCAGGAGACGUGCCUCAGCACCACGGAGCUGAGUCAGCAGUUUGCCGCAAGGACCUCGACACCACAGCAGAGGAAUGCGGCGGCCGCCACACGGGCGCUCCACGAGCUCCUCACCACGCCUCGGAAGAUGCAGCCGCCGCCGCGGCUGGCCCACUCCACGCCCCGCAACGCCGCCCACCACGAGCAGCUGCAGCUGGAGCGCCGCCUGCAGCUCUACCAGAGCCAGCAGAUCCUCAGCCAGGUCGCUCCUGCCCCUCCUCCUCCCACACUGCCGCUCCGCCAGAACCGACUCUCGCCGCAGAGACUCCACUACGAGACGGUGAAGGCAGCUCCUGCCCCGCUUGCGGACCGCUCCAUGGCCGUGAUCAGUCCGCGCGUGCAGGAGCAGGAGCGCGACCUGGAGCAGGACAUGAGCAGCAUCCAGGGCAAGCCGCAGAACAACAACUCCUACCCGCAGAAGCUGGCCAAUGCCACCAUCACCCUGGCCAUAGUCUCCCUGAUGCUCGUCCUGGGCAGCACCAUGAAUGCCGGCCUCAUCAUCUACAUGAUAGCCCACUUUGGCAAGUCCUUCUAUCUGCAAUUCGGUUUGGUGGCCUCCUUCUGCGGCGUAGGCCUGGGAUUCCUCGGAUUCCGGUCGCGCCACUGCGAGUGGCUGCCGAACCGGAGCUACACCUCCGGCUACAUCCUGGUCACCGUGUUCUGCCUGUUCAAGAGCUGCGGACUGCUCGUCAUCCUUGUGCUGGACCCGUUCCCCGGCCUGCCGCUACACGACGUCACCACGGGCGUCAUCCUGGGCCUCUCCACCUUCACCAUGUUCUUCAUCGGCCUGGGCGUCAUGGGCAGCCUCUGGUGCUACCGUCCCCCGCCAGACAACCGCGUCAACGUGGUCUAAGGAUCGUCUGACUUCUGCGAGUGGAGUGUACUUUAAGUUCCCGAAAUAGAUGUAGUCCCCUUCCUUCGAGCACUCGGCACACGGAACGGCUAAAAGACCAAAACUAGUAUUAUUCAUAGAGUUUUAGAGGCGGACUCAGCCUCGCCCCAAGAGACUGUAAAUACCAUGUGGGUUGUAGUUACCUUACGAGUAGAUUGUAGUAGUUUGUUUCUAAUCUAGACUGUUUAAACCCCUCCUAACUUAUUGUUCACCCUUAGGCUAAGUGAAAGUAUCGAUAAGCACACAAUAAAGGCACUUUCAACAGCACUU